AUGGUCGGCAGUACAGCUAAAACAAUGGCACUGGUCGCCACACUCGUCGCUAGUCAAUUCGCCUCUGCAGCUAUUAUAGCACCAACCACCACUUCCUCCCCUGGUGUCAUCACCCUCGACAUGAAGCGUGAACGGCAUCCAUCCCUUCUCAACAUUAUCAAUGAAGACGUCGUUCCUGCUGUGAAAGACACUCUUCAUUCGGUCACAACCUCUCUUCUUCGAACACCGGAGUCCCUCUUAUCUAAAAACAAGCGUAGGCAAUCGGCACAACGACGAUCUGCUGUAUCUAAAAGGGAAUCUUCGCAGCUUUCGAAUACCCUUUGGAGCUAUGUCAUCACACUUGGCAUUGGUACACCUGAGCAAGAAUUCAAAGUGAUAUUUGAUACUGGUUCACCCUUAAUAUGGAUUCCAUCCAGCAAAUGCGAUGAUAAUUGCCCAGGAGCAACCAGCCGAUUUGAUAUUAAAAAGUCGUCUUCUUGCCACCCUGAUGAAUCCAAUACUUUAGACGUCGAAUACUUAGCUGGCAAAAUCAAAGGCGAUGUUGUGCGUGAUACUGUAUCGUUUCAAGACAAGAAAAUAACCAACCAGCCGAUUGGCGUGGCUACUCAUGUUGUCCAAAACAUGCUCAGUGACGGCAUUAAUGGACUUGUUGGCUUUGCACCCAAUAGUGGAACGCCUGAUUUCAAUACGAAAAACCAAACACUGGUGACACCAAUGGAUAACCUGGUCGCUCAAAAAGUGAUUGAUCAAAACAUCUUUAGCGUGCAAUUCAAACCCAUCAAAGAACCGGAAGACAUAGGAACCGUAGGGGGCAAGUUGACGCUUGGUGGCCUUCCACCAAAAGAUUCCUACAAGGGUGAUAUCCAAUGGCUUCCUCAUAUACAGGAUGAUGGUUACGAGGACUAUUGGUCCAUUCCAAUGAGCCACAUGAUAGUGGGCGAAGACAAUGAAGAAAUUCAUGACAAGGAGGAGGACGAACUAACCGGUAUCGUUGACACGGGAACAACAUUGAUUGUGCUUAAACCAGACAUGGCCAAGGAAUUGUACAGCCAUAUCCCAGAUGCCAAAUACAAUGAAAAGCUUGGUGUGUGGACGUUUCCUUGCAAGGCGGUCAAAUCAUUACCUACGCUAUCCUUUGUGUUUGAUAAGAAUCAGCAGCCGUUGACAUUGUCUCCAGAAGAAUAUACAGUUCCAUCAUGGCAAUCCAGGUAUUGGGGUGCACCUGAAAACCUUUGUCCAUCUUAUAUUAUCGGUGACUCUGUGGAUGAUGUUGACUUUAUCAUUGGACAAAAGUUUCUCGAACACUACGUAUCCGUUUACGACGCAGAGAACAAUCGAGUCGGUUUUGCUCGCAACGCAUAA